AUGUAUGUGAAGCAACAAGUGUCUGUUAUCAACGACAUCACUCAGCACCCUGAAGCAAGCCGUCUGCUUUCCAUCGUCACCAAGCCAGCUCCAACGCCAGAGGCUCCGUACAACGGCGAGUUAUGUCCCCGCGGCAGCGACUUCGCCACCGCAUCCCGCUCCUUCCGCCACGCUUUCCGCGACCUUACCCUCCUCUCCUGGGAGGAACGUUUCGACGACAAGACCAUGCAAAAAGCGCGCGCUCAACUCCUCAACAUCGAGCCCUUCUGGUACGGAAAACCGAAAAUGGGCAUGCCAAUGGGCAAGUAG